UUUAUGAUUUUAUUUGUAAAGUAUCAUUUUGUUACGACUUAUUAUUCUUGCAUUUUUCGUGAGACUAUAAUUCGUUUGAUCUUGAUUUAAGACGAAAUUUUAAUUAUCUUUUGUGAAACAAUAAUAACAUCUUCCUAUGCUAUGUUUGGUUUGUGUUACUUGAUUUAAUUAAACUCUACUUUUAGUUCCUUAGAAGAAGGAGAGAAGGAGAUUGAAAGUAGUUGUUUUAUUGUGAAGGAUAUGAAUGUUUUGCGGCAAAUACGGUAAAAUUGAACAACAGAACAUGUUAUUUUUAACAUGGAACAACCUUUGACCAUUAUAUUUUCUAAAAUUAGAACACCUAGAAUGUCUCUCAUCCACUAUUCUAAUAUUAGUGUUUCCAUGAAGGGAAAAAAAACCACGUUAAAGUUGCAAAUGAUGAACCAAACCUACUUCAAAAGGAGUUGAAACCAUCCCUCAUUUGAUCACAAUCUUCUAUUUCUCUUAUUAUUUUUCCGUGACUGGAGUGAAGAUUGUCACUAAGGCAGAGAAGUCUCUGCCUUAGAACAAAAUAAUAAUUUUAAUCUAGUAUUAAAAUAAAAAUGGCGUUUCAAGAUUUCGACCUCAUCUCAGAACGACGAAGGAACGAGAAGAAACAACAGUUAAAGAAAAGAAUCCUCAUCGGUGUUAUUGCUACCGUUGUCCUUGUCGGUAUGAUAGGUUGUGCAUUCUUCGUUGCCACCACAAAAUACGGUGAUGCUGGUGAACGCAAUAGCAAGAACGGAGGAUCUCCAACUUCUAACACCAACAAACAUGUUGCGCAUUCAGAAAAGAUAGUUAAAUUAGUAUGCAGUACCGCAGAUUACAAAGAUAAAUGUGAAGGUCCUCUUAACAAAGCAAUGGAACAGGAUCCUAAACUUCAACACCCUAAAGAUCUUCUCAAAGUCUACGUUAAAAUCGUCCAAGACGAAGUUAACAAAGCCUUUAACAAGACAAGCUCAUUCAAGUUCAACAACGAAAAAGAGAAAGGUGCGUUUGAGGAUUGUAAGCUGCUUAUUGAAGAUGCUAAGGAGGACUUAGAAGCCUCUAUCAGUCAACUUUCCGAAAUCGAAUUCAAGAAACUUUCUUCGAAAGCACCUGAUCUAAACAGUUGGUUGAGUGCUGUCAUCUCUUUCCAACAAACAUGUGUCGAUGGUUUUCCCGAAGGAAAAAUGAAGACUGAUCUUCAGAAACUCUUUGAUGAUUCUAAGGAAUUUGUCAGCAAUUCUCUUGCUAUUGUCACUCAAGUUUCUACAUUCCUUUCAACCGUUCAGACCCUCGCGCGCGGCCGUUUGUUGUUGUCUGAUAACUCCCCCGUGGCUUCUUUGGAUUCCGAAGGCUUACCUUCAUGGAUCCAUCCCGAAGAAAGAAGGGUGUUGAAGGCUUCUGACAUUAGACCUAAACCUAAUGUCACCGUCGCAAAAGACGGAAGUGGUGACUUCAAAACCAUCUCCGACGCUUUGGCAGCCAUCCCCGCAAUCUACCCGGGAAGGUAUGUGGUUUAUGUUAAAGAAGGAGUAUACGACGAAGUCGUGACAGUGACGAAGAAAAUGCAAAAUGUAACCAUGUAUGGUGAUGGAUCACAAAAGAGUAUCAUCACUGGUAACAAAAACUUCAGGGAUGGUGUCAGAACCUUCCUGACCGCGAGUUUUGUGGUGCUAGGAGAAGGAUUUUUAGGUCUGGCAAUGGGAUUCAGGAACACAGCCGGUCCCGACGGACAUCAAGCCGUGGCAGCCCGAGUCCAAGCCGACCGUGCAGUCUUUGCCAACUGUCGCUUCGAGGGUUACCAAGACACACUCUACACACAAACACACAGACAAUUCUACCGCAGCUGCAUCGUAACAGGAACAAUCGACUUCAUCUUCGGCGACGCAGCGGUCAUAUUCCAAAACUGCAUCAUGGUGGUCAGAAAACCAAUGGACAACCAACAGAACAUGGUGACAGCACAAGGCAGAAUGGACAAACAGCAAGCAACAGGAACAGUUUUACAAAAGUGCACAAUCAAAGCUGAUGAUAAACUAGUACCUGUCACAAAAACCAUAAGAAGCUACCUUGGUAGACCAUGGAAGGAGUUUUCAAGAACAAUAGUAAUGGAAACAGAAAUAGGCGAGUUCAUUCACCCUGAUGGAUGGACACCAUGGGAAGGAAACUUCGCGUUAGAUACAUUGUAUUAUGCAGAGUUUAACAACACUGGACCUGGUUCAAGUACUAGUAAUAGAAUCAAAUGGCCUGGUUAUAAGAUUAUUAACAAAGAAGAAGCUAGUAAGUAUACAGUGGCGAAUUUCUUGAAAGGAACAUGGGUUCAAUCCUCAGGAGUACCUUCACAACAAGGAAUGUACUAUUGAAAAAUGAUUUUGUUUGGUGAGUGAGUCAGAGUUUGUUUCAUUGAUUCAACCAAUGAAUUUGUUUAUGUUACAUGAUUAAUUAUAUAUGCUUUGAGUUAAUCA